GCAGUGCGGUUGCCAUGGUUAUAGCGGGACGCUUGUUUCCAAGCAAGAAUUUGGCUGGCGAGCCGGCCGGUUCCGGGCGAGGGUAUCAGGCAGACAGGUAUCCUGCGCCAGGCGCUGGAGGACCAAACGAGCACUUGGCUGACUUACGGGCGGGGGCUUGAGGCCGCGCUAACUAUCCACACGGAAGAUCCACCUACCCACCUCCCUUCAUCUAGGCUGGGAAGGAAGUAUUCCCUUUCUCCUUGCCGCUGAUACGGUCUCUGUCCGUUCCUCUUCAGGGUUGCAUUCCAAACACGUGCUUCCUUAUGAUUUGAUUGAAACAUUUAAAGCAAAGCAACGGAUUCAAGAGCAUGUAAACAAUGCUUCAAAACUAAGGACAACUGUCUGAAGGAAAGUUUGCUCUUCAAAUUCUGUGUCAUACCAUAGGGCAUCAUAGAAGUUUAAAGGUAACAUAUAAAGAAAAAUGGAACUUAUACCCACUAAUUGUUUUGUGAGCCCUUUAAAGGGAUUCUUGAUAUUGUCACCGGCGACUGAAGAAAAGAAAGGUGGCAUUGUGCACUCUAAAUUAGAUGAUGGACCACGAAAAUAUGCCAUUGGAACCAUGCAGGAAGUCAACCAGAAGAUUGUGGAUUUCAAAGUGGGAUUAUACAAAUUUGACAUUAGUGACCUGGUGAUUGAGGAUGCAAGUUCAAAAAAACCUUCAGGACUAAAGAAAUCCAGGCAAAUAUGUCCAAGCAGGGGGAAAGAGAAAGAAUGGAAGGUAAUACAGAGCGGACAUGUUUCUGCUACUGCUGAUGUACGCCAGAGCAAAGUACCCCAGAAGAAGGUAGUAUCGGAAAAAGAUAAACUUGUAGAGCUGUAUCAAUAUCCAGGGUACAAUAAGGAGGAACUGACACCUCUGCCAAAUGGAGUGGAGCUAGCGGAAAUUGUGGAGAAAGUAAUUCAUGCCCAAGGAAAAACACCCAUUGGGAAGACAACCUGGUGUCAGAAGAUGCUGCACAAGUUUCUCAACGCUCCCUGCACCCAAGCUGUUUUACUGGAUAGUUUCUGGUGGCUUUUUCUACAGCUCUAUCAUCCAAAUCAGGAGAUUCAGGGAUAUUUGUUUGACCGCAUUGCAGAAAAUUAUUCCCGGAUCCUACUGGGCUGUCACAAGGUUUCCAACCAGGAAAACAUUCUUAAAGUUUUCCCAUCAUUGCUGAGUCAAACAGUGUAUACUUGCUUUUGCUCCUGUUUCACGAGGUCAUGGUUCAACACGCAUGAAUUCAAGGCCCAGCUCUGUGAUGUCUUCUGUGAGUGGCUGGGAGGUACACUUCAUGCUCCUGGGCAUUACAAUAAAUGGGAUUAUUCCCAACUGGAACCAGAGCGAUCCAGGAGAGAAGAGAUGUUGUCAGGAAAGAGCAAAUUAGGAGCUGAUGAUGAGGAUCCCUUUGGUGCCUCCAAGACUUCUGGCAGUAAAAAAAAGUCACCUUCCUAUGUCAGAAAGAGACCUCAAUCUUCAAGGCAAAAUGUUGGCAAGUCUACUCACAGCCUCCAGAAGUUUUCCUCCAGGAGUAUAAAUCAGCUGCCUUCUUCAAGAGAAAAUACAUAUUUUCAUUUCCACUCAGUGUUGCAUGAUGACCUGGUCAGGCAGACGGAUUCAUUGAACAAACAACGAAGCACCUCAAAAAAGAGGCUGAAGAUUGCUUACCUUCCCAGAGAGUCACACCCAGCCUGUCGUGGUCCUGAGUUCACCUGGCAUCUCUUGAAUAUCAGCGGCCACAGCCCAUUAAUUCAGCACUUCCUCCAGAGUCGGAAUAGCGAACCAAAGACAGGCUGUGACAUCUUUCUGUCUAGGAGGGAGAUCAGCAAGCCUUUGCCUGCUUCUGCUGAGACCUAUGCAGAUCUGAUUAAACAAAGUUUCAGCAGCCUCCGCCAGAGUCACAGAGCUUAUAGAAAGGCAUUUUUGAGACACCAGAGAGAAAUGAAGAAUUUUGACCAGCAGUGCAAGGAGAACCUAGAGCUUUUCAGACAAGAGGAACAAGAAGAGAUUAAGAAACAAAAGGCAGAAAAAAAGAAAGAGUUGCUUUCUCUUCGCCCAGAUGGACUAGACACUAAACCCAGGGUUUCAAACUUACCAAAAAUAUACAUCCAGGAACCUGAUUCAACAUGAGUUCUUUGUAAUAGAGAUUGCUCUACUUAUAGCUGAACAGGGAUAAAAAUAUCCUUUUCUGAUUAAGUGCAAAUAUUUGAUGUCAACAGUAAUAAUAAACAUUCUUCUCUCUGCUUUAUAGAAGAUAUUCUGAAAGAAAAAAUAGAUUUUGUACAAAGAGAUGUAAAUACAUUACUAAUUACAAACACUUUCAUUAAAUAUCGAGGAGUCAAAUGUUAAAGAUUAUCUUGACCCUGAAUUGGAGCUUUAAUGAAAAUUGGAGCUAUAAAUGACAGAAAAAAAUCUGCCUUCAGAAAUUUUGAUUUUGCUAUUAUUGUAUACACAGAUUACAUAACAGUGUGCCUUAAAGGUGACAUUUCAGUGUUCAUCUUUUUUCCCUCUCGUUUCCACUUUUUUCUUGUAAGAAAAAUGCAGAUAAUAAAAUUUACCACAUUCCAAA